AUGCUAAAAUACGUUUUUCGUAGUAAUUUUUUAAGGAUUAAUAGAAUUCCAGCAAAUACAUUUGUGAUUCAACAGAAAAGAAAUCUUUCUAUUCAUGAAUAUUUAUCAGCAAAUCUUUUAAAAGAUUAUGGUAUUAAUGUUCCCUCUGGAAAAGUAGCUAGAACUUCUCAAGAAGCUAUUCAAAUAGCAAGAGAGUUGGGAGUUGAUGAUUUAGUAAUUAAAGCACAGGUUCUUUCAGGAGGAAGAGGUAAAGGAGUUUUUAAUAGUGGACUGAAAGGAGGUGUAAAAACUGCAUUUUCACCUGAAGACAUUGGUUAUUAUGCAGAUCAAAUGUUAGGAAAUGUGCUUGUUACAAAGCAAACAGGGUCUGUUGGAAAAAUAUGCAAUGCAGUGUAUAUUUGUGAGCGGAAAUAUGCAAGAAAGGAAUUUUAUUUUGCAAUACUAAUGGAUCGUACAUCUCAGGGUCCUAUAAUUAUUGCAUCAUCUCAAGGGGGCGUUGAUAUUGAGACUGUUGCUAAAGAAAAUCCUGACUUAAUUCUUAAGGUUCCUAUUGAUAUUACCAAAGGAGUUAGUAAAGAUACUGCAUUCUUCAUUGUUGAGAAGCUUGGGUUUUCUCCAAGGUGUCAUGAUAAAGCUAUUGAUAUGAUACUGAAGUUAUAUAAACUGUUUAUUGAAAAGGACGCUACACAAAUUGAAAUAAAUCCUCUUUCUGAAUCAGUAGAUUAUGAGAUAUUAGCUAUGGAUGCUAAAUUUAACUUUGAUGAUAAUGCUGAAUUUAGACAAGCUGAUAUAUUUUCUUUACGUGAUAAGUCGCAAGAAGAUCCUGAUGAAAUUAAAGCCACUGAAAAUGGAUUAAAUUUUAUUAAACUCAAUGGUUCGAUUGGAUGUUUGGUAAACGGUGCAGGGUUGGCCAUGGCUACUAUGGAUAUUAUAAAACUCAAUGGCGGAGAGCCUGCUAAUUUUCUUGAUGUUGGAGGUUCUGCUAGUCCUGAAUCAAUUAGAGAAGCAUUUGAUCUUAUCACUAAAGAUCCUAGAGUUACUACAAUUUUCGUGAAUAUAUUUGGUGGGAUUGUUAAAUGUGAUGAUAUAGCACGAGGUCUUAUUUCAGUAAUGAAGAAUAUGAAUCUUAACAUUCCUGUUGUUGCACGUUUGCAAGGUACAAAUUAUGAAGAAGCACAAAAGAUAAUUAAUAAUUCCGGUUUGCGGUUUUUUUGUUUUAUUGAUCUUGAUGAAGCAGCUUAUAAGGCAUGUCAUUUUAGUAAGAUUGUCAGUCUUUCAAAAGAUAUUGAUGUAGAUGUAAGUUUUAGGUCUUUUUAG